GCGAUGGCUGACAACAUCCACCGUUUGGACGCGCCGUCGGAGCAAGUCGGUGGUCUGAUCAUACGUAAGAGAGCAGUAGAAGAACAUUUGUUCAAGAAACCCGAGCCUCCGAAGAGCUCGAUCCUCGGACUAGAUGUUCUGGCUGCCGAGCGGAGGAAAAUCAAAGCAGAUGAAGACGCUUCCAAGGCAGGGCGAAAAUAUAGAGAUCGUCUUGAUGAGACCCCCACUCACACAGGGGGAGUCAGCGAGAAAUUCGUCCGACGCAAAAGAGAAUAUCACCGUGGAAUAGAAGUACGCAGGGAGGACAAAGAGCGAAAGAGCGAAUGAUGAACAAUCCAUCAAUAAGAGGGGCUGCUGCUACAGAGUCAUGUCUUUGCAUCCUUCAGACAUUCCGACCGCUCGACCGGCAGAGAUCGUUCAGAGCGUCGACAUCGGUCCCGGAGCUCGGAGAGCUCGAGGAGAUCCCAUAGGUACGACAGCGACUCCCCAAGAAGCCCUCCCAGCCGUGAGAGAUCACGUGACGACUCGCGUCGGAGUUCACGUCCUAAUUGGUCUCAGAGAAGCGACAGAAGCGCUCUCAGCUCGAGGUCCGACCGGAGCUAUAGGAAAGACAUCCGAACGCCUCGCAGCAUACGGGCCUACGAAACCCCGUCGAACUCACACUGGGAAGAAGAUGGGGAUAACUUGAGGAAAGAAGGCUGGGACGACGAGGAUUGGAGCUCGGAACAGGUUCGCCUGGACCGGGAGUGGUACAUGAUGGACGAGGGCCACGCGGAGUCGGAUAACCCGUUCAAUGACGUUGCGCAAGAAUACAUCGACAAGCGCGAACAGCAACUCGAAGCCCGAAGGCAAAAGAAACUAUCAGCGAAGCAGCGUCAACAUAAUGCUGAUAACGAGAAAUGGGAGACAAACAGAAUGUUGACCUCGGGUGUCGUUCAGAAAACCGAGUUAGACGACGAUUUCGACGAAGUUGCCGAGGCCAAAGUUCACGUUUUGGUGCACAACAUCGUGCCCCCGUUCCUCGAUGGUCGGAUCGUGUUCACAAAACAACCCGAGCCGGUGAAUCCUGUCAGAGAUCCCACGUGUGACAUGGCAAUCGUCGCUAGAAAAGGCAGUGCCGUGGUUCGUUUCUUCCGCGAGCAGAAGGAGAGACGCAAAGCUCAAAAGAAGGAGUGGGAACUGGCGGGAACGAAACUCGGGAAUAUACUCGGUGUUAAGAAAGAGGAGGAGGUCGAUCAGCCAAAGGAUUACAAAAUUGAGAGCCGCUACGCCGACCACAUGAAAGAGGAGGAGGCCGCGAAAUCGAGCGAGUUCGCAAGGAAGAAGACAAUUACUCAACAGAGACAGUAUCUGCCCGUUUUCGCAGCCAGAGAGGAACUCCUCAAGGUGAUUCGAGACAACCAGGUCGUCAUCAUCGUCGGAGAGACCGGCUCAGGGAAAACCACUCAGCUCACCCAAUAUCUGCACGAGGAUGGCUACACCAAAUACGGAAUGAUCGGUUGUACCCAACCGAGACGAGUGGCUGCGAUGUCAGUCGCUAAAAGAGUCUCCGAAGAAGUAGGUUGUAAGUUGGGCGAAGAAGUCGGUUACGCCAUACGUUUUGAAGACUGCACAUCUCCGAAAACUGUCAUCAAAUACAUGACCGACGGUAUCCUGCUCCGAGAGAAGCUGCGUCUACACGAUCUCGACAACUACUCGGCAAUUAUCAUGGAUGAAGCUCACGAGAGGUCUCUCAACACCGAGGUUCUCUUCGGUCUCCUCCGCAACGUCAUCGCCGACCGGCAUGAUCUCAAGCUGAUUGUCACUUCGGCUACCAUGGACGCGUCGAAAUUCGCCGAAUUCUUCGGCAACGCGCCUGUUUUUACCGUACCGGGUCGUACCUUCCCCGUAGAUCUGUUCUUCGCCAAAAAUAUGAUCGAAGACUACGUCGACGGGGCCGUGAAGCAAGCGAUACAGAUCCACCUCCAACCGAGCUCGGGAGACAUCUUGAUCUUCAUGCCGGGCCAAGAAGACAUCGAGGUCACUUGCGACCUGAUUCAGGAGCGCCUCAGUCAAGUCGAGAACUCUCCCCCUUUGGCAAUUUUGCCGAUCUAUUCCCAACUGCCGAGCGAUCUGCAGGCGAAGAUUUUCCAGAAAGCGCCCGAUGGCAUUCGGAAAUGCAUCGUGGCCACGAACAUCGCCGAAACUUCUCUCACUGUCGACGGAAUCUCCUUUGUCGUCGACAGUGGAUACUGCAAGCUGAAAGUCUACAACCCCCGGAUCGGAAUGGACGCUUUGCAAAUCUACCCGGUCAGUCAAGCGAACGCCAAUCAGAGAUCGGGUCGGGCUGGACGUACAGGUCCGGGAGUUUGUUUCCGAUUGUACACGGCGAGCCAGUACGAGAACGAACUCCUCACGACGACUGUUCCGGAAAUUCAGCGAACCAACCUCGCGAACGUCGUGCUGUUGCUCAAAUCCCUGAGGGUCGAAAACCUCCUUGAGUUCCAUUUCAUGGACCCACCCCCUCAAGACAACAUCCUAAACUCAAUGUAUCAGCUGUGGAUUCUCGGUGCCUUGGACAACAUUGGUCAACUGACACAUCUUGGAAGGAAAAUGGUGGAAUUCCCCCUGGAUCCACCGCUCUCAAAAAUGGUGAUCGUUUCGGAAGAAAUGGGAUGCUCCGAGGAGAUUCUGACGAUCGUUUCCAUGCUCUCGGUUCCCUCGAUUUUCUAUCGACCCAAGGGCCGGGAAGAGGAGAGCGAUUCGGUGCGAGAAAAACUACAAGUACCUGAAUCAGAUCACUUGACAUUCCUCAACGUUUAUCAAAAAUGGAAGAUGACCCGAUACUCGUCAUCUUGGUGUGGCGAGCAUUUUGUGCACGUGAAAUCCAUGCGGAAAGUACGUGAGGUCAGAGAGCAGCUGAGGGACAUUUUCGUGCAGCAGAAGAUGAAGCUCAUCUCGUGCGGGAUGGAUUGGGACAUUGCUCGCAAAUGUAUUUGCUCGUCAUUCUUCCACCAGGCGGCGAGGCUCAAAGGUAUAGGCGAAUACAUAAACUGUCGCACCGGUAUGCCAUGUCAUCUCCAUCCGACCUCCGCCUUGUACGGCAUGGGUUACACCCCGGAUUACGUCGUCUACCAUGAGUUGGUCAUGACGUCGAAAGAAUACAUGCAGUGCGUAACUGCUGUGGACGGGCAUUGGCUUGCCGAACUCGGACCGAUGUUUUACAGUGUGAAAACAACGGGGAAAUCGAGACUGGAGAAACACCGCGCAGAGAGAGACCAUGCCAGUCGCAUGGAGGAGGAGAUGGAGAUAGCACAACAACAGCUGGAGCAGAAGAAAAAAGAUCUAGAACUGCAACAAAGCAUACGAUCAUCUAGGAGCGUGAUCGCAACGCCUGGAGCGACGCCGCGACUCAAAGGCGCUACCCCUCGCAGGAUGGGUCUCUGA